UGGGCGAUUCCACCCAAGGGUCCGGUGAGAAAGAAUCUGCAAGUCUUUGAACAUAACCCUAACGCGGUUAUCGUCUGAUCUGAUCUCUCUCUUCGAUGAGAUUGAGUUUUGAGAUAGGCCCCUGUUACUGUUUGGAUUGUUCUUACUUAAAUCUGGAGCUGAAAAAUGUUUUGGGUUUUUGCGUCAUCCAUGGUUUCCAUUAGUUUCAUCAACAUUUCCAGUCCAUGAAGUGUGUAUUUGUCCGGCUUUCAAUGGUCGAGUCAUUUGCUUUGCCAACUUUAAAAUUUGGUACUUUGUCGUUUCUAUGAAGAUUAUAGAAUCAAAGCCAAAACCUAAUUCGAAAUCGGCUCGACCCAUUAGAAAAUCUAGUUCUUCGUCCUCCCAGAAAAGGAUUGUGAUUGAGAAUAUAUACGAGAGUAGAGCCGAGCCUAAUGAUGGCGCGGCGGUACAGAUGACCCUUUUGUUUUUCACAGCCCGUCCCUUCUGGGUUCGAGCCUCCAAGAUCGCCAUUUCACAUUUUCAUAGCUUAGCAGCUCACGGGGGAUCUCGCUCACGACCAUUCGAUAAGGAGGUAAUAUCUAAUUCUGAGGCUUGGUUUGUGAAGGUUGUUUAUACUCUCUUUGUUCGUUCUCCAUCCUUGGAUUCUUGCGUUGGUUAUCUUAGUAAGAAUUUAACAUCUUCAAUUGCGUUUGAAGUCAUAAAACGGCUUAACAAUCCGAAAUUGGGUUUGAAGUUCUUUGAGCUCAGUAGAGACAAUUGGAGUAUUAAUCAUAGUUUUAGGACUUACAAUUUUCUCAUGAGGUCCCUAUGUCAAAUGGGUUUUCAUGAUUCGGCUAAAUUUGUGUUUGAUUGCAUGAGGACUGAUGGCCUCUCGCCUGAUAAUUCGGUUAUAGAGUUUUUGGUUUCUUCCUAUGCACAAGUUGGUAAAUUAGACUUCGGCGAGAAAUUGCUUGACGAGCUUCAGUGUGAUGAGUUUAGAGUGAGUACAUUUGUUUACAAUAGUUUGUUGAACGUUUUGGUUAGAAGAAAUCAAGUUAGUGAGGCUGUUUGCUUAUUUAAAAAGCAUAAGGGAUCACAUUUUCAACCGGAUAUUUGGACUUUUAAUAUUAUUAUUCGAGGUUUGUGUGGGAUAGGAGAAGUUCAUACGGCUUUCGGGUUUUUGGAUGAUAUGGAGAAGUUUGGUUGUUCACCUGAUAUUGUUACAUAUAACACAAUGAUAAGUGGACUGUGUAGGACUAAUGAGGUUGAUAUAGGUUGCAAAUUGUUGAAGAAAAUUCAAUCAAGAAGCGACCUUUCACCUAAUGUUAUAACUUUUACGUCAGUCAUAUCUGGUUAUUGCAAAUUGGGUCAGAUGGAGGAGGCCUCUGCCCUUUUUCACGAGAUGAUUACUUCUAACAUUAAACCAAAUACGUACACUUUUAAUGCUCUAAUAGAUGGAUUUGGUAAGGCUAAUGACAUGGCAUCAGCUAUUUCCUUGUAUGAGAAGAUGCCCUUUUAUGGUUCUCAUCCAGAUGUCAUAACCUUUACUUCUCUAAUUGACGGCUAUUGUCGAGCUGGACAGCCAAACCAGGGUUUGAAGCUUUGGCGCGAGAUGAAUGCAAGAAAUGUGUUGCCUAAUGGAUAUACUUUCUCUGUUUUGAUUCAUGCUCUUUGCAAAGAUAAUAGAAUUAAUGAGGCUCGUGAAUAUCUGAGACAAUUAAAUCAGAGUGAUAUUGUUUCAAAAUCUUUUAUGUACAACCCUGUUGUUGAUGGAUUGUGCAAGGCUGGUAAUGUUGAUGAGGCAAACAGGAUUGUGGCCGAGAUGGAGGAGAAGAGAUGCAACCCUGAUAAAGUGACUUUCACCAUUCUCAUUCUUGGGAAUUGUAUGAAAGGAAGGUUGGUAGAGGCAAUUGGUGUUUUUAAUAAGAUGGUGACAAUUGGAUGUGCCCCUGAUAAGAUAACUGUGGAUACUUUGGCAUCAUGUCUCUUCAAGGCCGGGAUGCCUAAUGAAGCUAUUCAUAUUAAAAGAACUGCUGUCGAGGAUCCAAAUUUGGCUUUGUCAUGUUUAAGAAGUAGUCAUCCGUUAACGAAUGCUGAGAUACGACUGGCUGUAUAAUUUAAUGGUUUCCACAUAAAUGCUUGCUCGUUCUUGCUCUUCAGGUAGAAAACGUCCAAAUUAUUACCAAGUGCAAUGCGUCCGUUUUGUAGUGCAUACAGACAAAACCAGCAACUCAGUAGGUUACGCUGACAUUGAGCUUCCUUAACAGCACCAUUCUUUUCAAUAAUUGGAUUGUUAAUUCAUCUGUUUGCUUCCUGGAUUGCAGGUGACUGUGUCUGGCUUGAUGUUGCUAUAGAAGUGUGACAUACCUGGUUUUGGACAAUAGAUUUUUUGACACAACUAAUAUGGAGAUCUGUAAGGCUCUCUUAUUCAAAUGAGAUCUCCAACAUUAAGGAUUAUUUGAACAGACCCACCUGAACAAUGCCUCUAGGGAAUCACAUAAAAUGUCAGUAAUCACAUAAUACUGUGCAUUUAGCAUCCUUCCUCCAAAUUGUCUUUUUCUUUUUCUUCUGGUAAUUUUAUUACCAUUACAAUUGACUAAAGUCGAAGUCCACAUAUUCAAACUGCUUAAAAAGAAAGGGUUGUAAUGUGAAAGAUUGGGGAAAAAAGGUAAUUAGAUGGGCAACAUUUUUGUAAUAAAUUUGUAUUCUAGUUUUUGGGCCUUCCGGAUCGGAGUUUGCUUUUAGAGUCGUUGUAUGUUAACUGUAAAUUUUCCUCAUCUUCAUACAUUUUCUCAAAUGGUGUACAGGUUUAAAAAGAAAAAAAAAUAGCUCUAACUAUAGAACUUGAAUUUUUGGUAGAAAUUCUUUUCAUCUUCAUAAUCUUUUCUUAAAUGAUGUACAAGAUUGCAGAAAUGAAUAAAAGAAGCGUAAUUUUAGUGAUCAA